GUCACGCAUGGUCUUCUACUUGUCUGCUGUCCAUGUCAUCAUGAAUAAAACCUCCACCGAGCGCCUCAUCUGUCCUUGCCGUCAUUCCGUGUCCCUGUCCUCGCCAAUGUCCACCGUGGCUGUCCUCAUGAGUAGCACUCACAGAGGCCAUCCGACAGCUUUUGACGGAAAAAACCUAUGCCGCUUCACCACCCCCAUCCCCCACCUGGCCGUCUACUCCGGCAUCACCUAUUCUCCCUCAACCAACACUUCGUCCUCCCUCUCCACCCUGGCCCAACCCCCGGCAUGGCCGUCCCCCAUCAGCGUGGCCUUGGAUAGCACCUCCACCUCUGAGCGGCGAGCGGAAUCAGGCGAAGCUGACCAAGAUGGCGAGGUCGGAGGAGCUGCAGGAGUGAACGUGUGCAAGUCGAGGAUGGCGCUGUCCCUGCGGCGACUGCUGAAGCGAGGAUGCGGGCCAUCCGCCGUGUUUGCCAGCCUGUCGCCCAAAUGCCACACAACUGCCGGUAUGAGUGGGCGGAUCCAGCCAAUCAGCCCGGACCCGCCGGGUCAGGCCCCACCCAGGAGGAUGGGCAACUUUUUCCAGAUCAAAGUGGACAUUCCCCCCGAGUGCCGCAUCUACCCCAUCGAAUCCGAGGACGAGGAGGAUGAGAACCGAGCCACUGUAGGAGCCAAGGAGAUCAUCUGCCCCUGGGAGAGCCUCACUCCUCCCAAUGGGACCAGCUAAUCAGAAGGUACCAGAUGGGCUUCGAACAUCCUCACAUUCCACCUCAGAGACUAAAGAGGUCAAAUACAAAUAUUGCAAUAUUUGCUGCAUGAAUGUCCACCACAUGGGUGUCAAAACUUUGUCCACCAAGGUCACGGACAGACAAGGUGUCGGCCAAUAUCUGCUUAGCUAGACAUCCUCUUCUUAGCUUUGUCUUGCAGGCUAAUCAAUGGAUUACCUACCAACACAUCCUAUUCUCACCGAGUUCCUUUUUUCAGUAUGCCGAGGGCCCAUAAAAACGAGUCUCUAAAAGCUUUUAUUAGUGUCGUGACUUGUAGCGUUCACAUGCAAACCUCACUCAGGCCGGGAUCACACUGAAUCUGUUGCGGCUCCGGUCCUGAUCCAGUACGGCUUGCUGCAAAAUGCCACUCACGCCGACUCCGGUAGGCGCCUGCGGAAACCAGGCCCACCAGAGCAGAUGUUCACACAGAUGUUCAUAACUCGCCUCGUAUACAGGAAGUUCUGGUAAACGAUAGCCGUAUAGGUGCCUUUUGACUACAUGCAAACAGAAAACCAUCCAUCAGUUUUCUAUGCCGCUUAUCCUCACCAGGGUCGCAGGGGUACGCUGGAGCCUAUCCCAGCUGUCUUUGGGUGAAGUAUAAACCGUUUAUUAUUACUAAAUAACGUUCGUUUGUGGGCUGCAUGGUGGUCUAGUGGUUAGCGCGCAGACCUCACAGCUAGGAGACCAGGGUUCAAUUCCACCCUCGGCCAUCUCUGUGUGGAGUUUGCAUGUUCUCCCCGUGCAUGCGUGGGUUUUCUCCGGGUACUCCGGUUUCCUCCCACAUUCCAAAAACAUGCUAGGUUAAUUGGCCACUCCAAAUUGUCCAUAGGUAUGAAUGUGAGUGUGAAUGGUUGUUUGUCUAUAUGUGCCCUGUGAUUGGCUGGCCACCAGUCCAGGGUGUACCCCGCCUCUCGCCCAAAGACAGCUGGGAUAGGCUCCAGCACCCCCGCGACCCUCUUGAGGAAAAAGCAGUAGAAAAUGAAUGAAUGAAUGAAUGAACGUUCGUUUGUUAUUGGAGUAUUGACAAUGUUGAUAUCGUCCAAAUUGUCACUGUAACUAUUAUCAAUUUCACGUAUUGAUAUUUACUUAUCUUGACCAGAGCGUUAGACAAAGGGAUUUCAAUCUGGCGGAAUGAUUCCAGCAGCCGCAACAGAUCUGGUGUGAUCCCAGGGUAAGUAUGAGCUGAUGACGAGUAGCCUUAUAUUAUUAGUAGUAGUAUUAUUAUACAUACUGUGCAUCGUAUAUACUAUGUUUGCCUUACAAGUACACAUAUUCCAAAUGACUCAUCAAGUAAGGAUAAUAUUUCAGGAUGGUGAUCCAACUGAAAGUAAGCCAAAGAGGAUAUCAACUCUUCUUAUUCUCCACAGAGAUUAUCCAUCAUUGUCUUCUCGUGCUUUGUGCCUCUUUACUUACUCUACUUGACUAAGUUAAGACUUAGUCUAAGUUUACACCAAUACUGUACUCUUGUAUCUGACAAGGUUGUCUUUCUACAGUAGCUCAGAUGAUGUGAAACCUUCUUUUUCACACGUUGUUGUGUCGGACCGGUACAUUCCACCGCUUGUGUCAAGUGCCUGAAUAAAGAAAUGACUUGUGUCUUAAUAUGAUGAAAGUACUCCUUGUCAUGAAACAUUUGGACAUGUCUUGUACUUGACUCGUCUACUGUGAUCGGCAGCCUUGCAAUUCCAAGCAUUGCAAUGCAGACAUUUGAAAUGGUCUCAUUGGCUUGGGAUGACUAAAACCGACCACCAGAUGGCCCUGUUUGAUGAAAAAUGCCCCCCCCCAAUGAUUUCAUGGGCCACCUGUAUCAUUAGAAUAAGUAUCCCCUGUGUAUUGUAAUCAUGUGAUACAAUGAAUCAUUUAUGGUUGGAUGUGUACAAAUCCAUACACUGUGUUCAUAAUGAUUAUGGAAACAGGAUUUUGCUAUCAUGAACAUAAACCUGCUUGUAUUUCAAUGAACUUGGUGGAUGGCGUUGAGUCUUUGGAUUACUAACGUCAACGUUGGACAA